CUGGACUUGGAGAGCUGUCUUUGCAGAGCUCUAUCAUCAGAUUCCAAGAAGCUGAUUCGCCGUUUUCAGAAUGCCAAGGUUAAAGACCUCAAGAGUAAGGAGAAAGAAGACAAAAGUGCUUCGCCAGAGGCUUGCUACAAAAAGAAAGAAAACAUCUUUGCAGCUCCCUACAGAUUUUGAAGAUGUUGCUGUGUAUUUCUCAGAGGAAGAAUGGCGAUAUCUAGAAGCCGACCAAAUUGACCUCUAUCGACAAGUAAUGAUAGAAAAUUACCAAACAGUCCACUCUCUGGGAUACCAGAAUGAGAAACCAACUUUAAUAUCCAAAAUUGAGAAAAGUCAAGAUCUGUACAUUACAGAACUGGAAAAUCAUUCACAGGAUGCCGCUAAUUUCAACACAGAAGAGCUCCAUAAAUCUCUGCUAACACCUGAAAGAUUGGCUGUGGAAGAUAUCUAUUUAAAAGGUGACCUACGAAACAGUACAAAACCUCCUUCUGAUGAAAAAGGGAGUCUACUAACUAGACAUCAGUACAACUUCAGAAACAGAAUUGCUGUGGAGUACAAUAUGUUUUUCGAUAAUGUAAAGGAAGUGAGAGAACUUAAACCUCAAAAAUGCUUGCAGAGGAAGUCCAGAUACAGCAAAAUUGUAUAUGCCCCCAAAUUCAAAACGGAGGAGCUACAUUCAUCUUUGUCAACCCCUAAGGAAUCAAUACUGGAAGAAUUAUGCUUUACAGGUGAGCUAGAAAAUGGUACAAAAACUUCCUCUAAAGAAAAUGGUAGUCUUUCCCCAAAAUGUCAGUACAACUUCCGAGAUAGACUUGCAGUGGAGUACACCAUGUUUUUGGAAAAUGAAGAGAAAGUUAGAAAACUUAAACCACGCACAAGCUCACAGAACAAACCAAGCUAUAGCAAAAUUAUACAUGCCCCCAGCUCUAACAAAGAACUGCAUACAUCUUUAAAACCUAAGGAAUUGCCAGGGAAAGAAAUACACUUAUUAGGUGACCCAGAAAACGGUACAGAAACAUUGCGCAGUAGAAAUGGGAGUCUUCCCCCGAAGCGUCAUUACAACUUCCGAGACAGACUUUCUUUAGAGUACACCAUGUUUUAUGAUUCUAAAGAUAAAGUGAGAGAAUUUAAACCUCCCAAGAGCUUACGAAAGAAGUCAAGCUUUGGCAAAAUUCAGCAGUGCACUUUGUCUUAUGAAGAUGAAGUAAGAGAACCUCCCAAGAGCUUGCAGAGGAAGUCCAGCUGUGACAGAAUUGUAGAUGUCACCAGUGUCGAUACAGAAGAGCUACACUCAUCUUUUUUAACACCUGUCAUAUUGACAGGGGACCUAGAAAACAAUACAAAAAUAUCCCCUGAUAAAAAUGGUAAUCUAUCCCCCAAGCAAUACAAUUUCAGAGAUAGAGGUGCAGUGGUGUACACUGGGUUUUAUGACAGCGAUGAAGAAGUGAGAGAACUUAAACCUCACAAGAGCUUGCAAAAGAGAUUAAGCUAUGGUGAUAUCCAACCAAAGUGUGGCCGUUACAGUUGUAGUGAAUGUGGGAAAAGCUAUAGUCAAAAACCAACACUAGUGAAACAUCAAAUGAUUCAUACAGGCAUUUCCAUCUAUGUUUGUUCAAAGUGUGAUAAGUGUUUCACUCAACGUUGUAACCUCAAGAGACAUGAGAGAUCUCAUUUCGUGCAGAGACCUUGUGUCUGUUCCUACUGUGGUAAGGGCUUUACUGAAUCUUCAUCAUUGCUCAAACAUCAGAGAAUUCACACUGGACUUAAGCCAUUUGCAUGCUCGGAAUGUGGCAAGACCUUCAGCAUAAGUACCUACCUUAUUGUCCACCAGAGAACUCACACCGGCGAGAAGCCCUAUGUCUGUGGAGACUGCGGGAAAAGCUUUACUCAAAGUUCCAGUCUCAUCACACACCAAAGAACUCAUACAGGCAUAAAACCAUAUGGCUGCAUAGAAUGUGGGAAGGGCUUUUCUACUAGUUCCCACCUUAUCACUCACCAGAGAACUCAUACAGGAGAACGUCCUUACCAUUGUGGGGAGUGUGGGAUGGCCUUCAAGCAUAGCACCCAUCUUGUUUUACAUAAGCGUAAGCACACUGGUGAGCGGCCCUACAAAUGUGCUAAGUGCCCGCGGGCUUUUUCCCAGAGACCUCAGCUUUUAAAACACCAACGAAAACUUCAUGCAUAUGAAUAGUUUUCUAAUGUCUACUUUUCAAUCAUCUUGUAAUAAUUUAUCAUUGUAUACAGCUGAAAAAUAUAUAGAAAAAAC